UUCAGUUUACUCGUAACUUCCUUUCGUAAAGUUUCAACCGGUUAUAAUCGCGUGUCAAUUAGAAUUCUUUUUUUUCUUUCACUUACUUUCAAAAUUCUACUAUUAUUAAAUAAUAAAAAAAUUUUUUUUCACAUCAGAAAAUGGGAAGAAUUAUCAUUUCUAAAUAUAAUUUAAAUUAUUUAGAGGCAUUUCAUUCAAAAAGUGUUAAAUUUAUAGGAACAAAAUAUAAAGUGUAAUUAAAAUGAACUCAACAUUCGUCUGCAGAAUAGAUUUUUUUGGGAAAUAAAAAAAAACCAUCACCUGAGCGGAAAGUUGAAAAAGAACCCUAAGCCAUGGAUGACAGAGGAGGCACAUGGCUGAACAGCUCAUCGAACAAUGAUGACAAGAGUUAUAACGAUACCUUCAAGAUAGAGGAAAUGAAUGAAAUCUUGCAAGAAUUUUACGAUAAUCUCACAAAUCAGACAAAUUAUUUAUUAAUUACUGUCUAUGUGCCAGUUAUCGUUCUGGCUAUUGCAGCAAAUAUCCUCGUCAUCGUCGUUGUAUUCAAAUAUCAUUACAUGCGAAGUGUAACGAAUUACUUUGUAGUGAAUUUGUCGAUUGCUGAUCUCUUGGUAACAUUGAUCUGCAUGCCGAUGGCUGUGAGUCAAGCAGUUUCUAUUUUAUGGGUCUAUGGAGAAAUAAUGUGCAAACUCUUCUUCUAUCUCCAAGGUGUUGCAGUAGCUGCUUCUGUCUUCACUAUCACUGCUAUGAGCAUUGACAGAUACUUAGCAAUUAGGAGUCCCAUUGCCUUUCGAAGGGUAUUUAAUAAGAAAACAACAAUAAUAGUCAUUGUUCUCUUAUGGGUCGUUUCAUUAACUAUCUUCGCUCCUAUUUUAAGGGCUGUGACACUACAAAAUCCAAUUACUGAUUUGGAUAAUAUUACUCUCGUUGGACAAUGGAUGAACGAUAAUGACUUUCAACGAGUGAAACCACAGCAAUAUUAUGUAUGUUCAGAAGACUUUAAACCAGUGGGAAUUCACGCCCAUAUUUUCGGUGCUGUUUGCUUUGUGCUUGUUUACGCAAUACCGGGUUUCAUUGUCAUCAUCUCCUAUUCGAUGAUGGGCCGAACCCUUUGUGCCAGAAAGCCACCCUUCGAUUGCGACAGUAUCGAGGGAAGUGCCAGCUCUCAACAAGGAUUCCGACUGGUUCGUGAAAGAAGACGAGUGGCUUGGAUUUUACUGAUACUUGCAAUUCUCUUCGCUCUAUGUUGGUUGCCCUACAACGUUCUGAGAUUGCUUAUCGACUUAGGACUAAUUAGUGAAGGAAGAACGAUAUCGGACGUGCUCUCAUAUUGUCUAUUUCUGGGACACGCAAACAGCGCCCUCAAUCCCAUGGUAUACUGUUUUAUGACAAGAAAUUUUCGACGAAGCGUCUCCGAACUUCUGUGUCGCAAUUCCCAUGGGCUUUCACGUAGAAAAACCCAUCGAAAAACUCUGGGGAGCACUAUGGAAGUGUGCGUCGGCUGCCACGGAAGGCAUCAGCGCGUUAUCAAGGACCGUCAGAUUGGAGGUACAAUUAUUCAGGGAGAAGGAGUGCAAGGAGUCCAGCAGAGCUUCCGGCGCAGUGCAACUGCUUCGAGCAGCGGCUGUGACAGCUUUUACAAUCGUCACAGUCCACAUCGUCGUUGCUAUAUGUUGAAAAAUUUACCGCCAGAGAUUAGGAGAACUCAGGAGAGUAGUUGCACAAUUAGUAAGCUGAAUUCUUGUGAUAAUGACAAAAUUCGUAAAGCCAGUGUUCUUAGUGUCCAAACAAGUACUGUACUAUUGCACAGUAAUAAUGGACAUAAUUCAAAUAAUUCUCAUGACACUAAAAAGACUAAUGUCACAACAACAACAACAACGGAUAAUAAUGAACAAGCAAGUUGAUUUAUUUUAACCUCCUCUCAUAUCUAAAUUAUGUAAUUAUAUUUAAAGAAAGUCAUCUUUUCUUGGAUGAAAUUUUUUCUAAACUUAAUCAUAAAAUUAAUUUUAUAUUCUUAAAUUGCAUUUGAAAUUUCUACUUAUACGGAUUUCUGAAAAUUUAAAAUUUUCUGACAUAGUGUCGGUAAAAGUCAACUUAUAAUAAGAGUAACUCAUGUACGAAAGGGCAUGUCCCGUUUAUAAUUAAAUAAAUAAUUCUUUCCUCGAUUAAGUAUCACAGCCACACAAAAAAAAGUUUCUUGAUCUGGGGUCGAGACAUGUAUUCCUAUGUAUUUUUUAUGCCAGUCACCCCGAAAACUAAACCCCCGAGUAAUGAUUUCUAACCGAAUCUAAAAGUUUUAAGAAAAGUCCGCCAUAUUUAUUCCGCCAUUUUGAAUUUUGAAAAACGAACAUCGGAUUCGUCAUCAGCGACCCUGAGUAACAACUUUUAUCAACUUUGGUCCAAUUUUAAAAUUUUUGCCACUUUUUCUUGUGUGGCUAUGAAUUUCGCAGAAAAGUCCGAUCACUAUUUUCGAAAACGCUGACUGAUUCCUUAAUUCCUUAAUUUUAUCCUAAUAGGAUUAUCGUAAGACUGAAAUAAUUUUUUUCCCAGUUCUAAAAAAAAUGCAUAAAUAAUAUUUUGUUAUUAAGGGGGAUAAAUUAGUUGAAAUGGUCAAAAAAAAUCUUUUUAA